UUACUCUGUUGUGUGUAUAUAAUAAUUGUAUAUGGUGGUGUCAUAUGGUACUGUUUUGUUCGGUUCUUCUGGACAGAAAUUCAUUUAGCUGAAGUAUUUUGUGACUGUUUUGCUUUCUCGCAAUCUGGUUCCUUUCAGUUAGAUAUUAAACUUAAUUGUCUCAAGAAAAUUCCGAUAACUUUUCUUACGCGAAUCUUUAAAGGUUUUCGGCUAAUUGCUCCUGAUUUAAUAAUUUCGUCGGCAUGAGAGCGUAUCUCCCAAGAGUUACCUUGACCAAUCAAACCGCUUAAUUGUCACGUCACUCCCUGACACACCAUAAACAAACAAUUGCAAAAUAUAGACUGAUCCAUUUAGACUACCCAACUUUGUAAUUUAAUUCUUGUCACAUUAAUUUCAGGUUGCAAUAAUGUUCAGGUCAUCAUUAGUACGCAGAACCUCAAUUUUUACGAAGCAAAGUUUCGCUUCAAAUUCUAGCAUCACAUAUUUGACAGCCUUCAGUACGAAGAACGUUCUGAAUGUUACAGCCAGAAGCUCACUGCGAUUUUUAAGCUCCUCUGUUGCAGAUGAUGUCAAUUUUUACCAAAUGGUUCAAGGAUACGUUGAGACCGCAGCUUCCAAAAUGGAAAGCCAAAUGGUCCAAUCUAAAAGCAUACCAGGAGAUUCUAAGGAGAAGAAAUUAGAAUACAUUCGCGGAAUGCUAAGUGUGAUUAAACCGUGCAAUAAUGUUAUCCAAUUAACAUUUCCACUUAGAAGAGAUGACGGGCGAACAGAAACAGUAACAGGUUACAGAGCUCAGCAUUCAGAGCACAGAACCCCGUGCAAAGGAGGAAUCCGUUACAGCGAACACGUCGACAUAGAAGAAGUGAAAGCUUUAGCUGCUUUAAUGACCUUCAAAUGUGCAGUAGUUGAUGUUCCGUUUGGCGGCGCCAAAGCCGGAAUCAAAAUAAACCCAAAAAAUUACAGUAUAAAUGAGCUUGAGAAAAUAACGCGUCGUUUUACAUGCGAGUUAGCAAAUAAAGGCUUUCUGGGUCCUGGCAUUGACGUUCCGGCUCCCGAUAUGGGAACAGGGGAACGAGAAAUGAGUUGGAUUGCAGACACGUACAAAAUGACGCAUGGACACAAAGAUCUGAAUGCUUUCGCGUGUGUAACUGGAAAACCAAUAAGAAUGGGCGGCAUUCACGGCAGGAUCUCGGCAACGGGACGAGGUGUUUUCCACGGCAUUGAUAAUUUUUCGAACGACCCGAAAAUGAUGAAAGCCAUAGGAAUGACAACGGGGAUCAAGGACAAAACGGUUAUCAUUCAAGGGUUCGGAAACGUAGGAAUGCACUCUAUGAGAUACCUGCACAGGUGGGGUUCUAAGGUCAUCGGGAUCUCAGAACACGAUGGAGCGAUCUACAAUGAGAACGGAAUGGAUCCUGCAGCUCUGGAGCAGUACUAUAUAGCAAAUGGAACUAUAGUUGGAUUCCCAGAUGCGAAGCCUUACACUGGGGAAUCGAUGCUGACUGAAAAAUGCGACAUUUUGGUACCAGCUGCCAUCGAAAAAGUCAUCACAGCGCGAAAUGCGCAUAAGAUUCAAGCCAAAAUUGUAGCUGAGGCGGCCAACGGACCGAUAACCCCAGAAGCCGACCAAAUUUUGCAAGAACGAAAGAUACUAGUGCUGCCCGAUUUGUAUUUAAACGCAGGAGGUGUGACUGUUUCGUACUUCGAGUGGUUAAAGAAUUUGAAUCAUGUGAGUUACGGACGUUUAACUUUCAAACAUGAGACCGACUCGAACUACCAUCUGUUGAACAGUGUGCAAGAAAGCCUGGAGAAAAAGUUCAAGGAGACUAUUGAAGUGAAACCAAACGCAGCGUUUUUAGAACGGAUUCGGGGGGCCAGUGAAAAAGAUAUAGUACACAGUGGUUUGUCGUAUACGAUGGAAAGGUCCGCGAGACGGAUUCAAAACACUUGCGAGUUGUAUAACUUGGGAAUCGAUUUAAGAACUGCUGCUUACAUCAACGCAAUCGAGAAAAUAUUCGAAAUGUACCAGGUGGCAGGGCUCACAUUUGUUUGAGUCGAAAAAAAAACGGGCUCAGAAACCGACAGCAUAUCCAGGUCGAGUAGGACUUGAAAUGAGAAGUUCGAGAAACAAGUAAUACAUGGAAAGCAAAUAAAAAGACUCGAAUUCAAAACUGAGACUGGAACUUUUGUUUUUAUGACUGGUUCAUGAAUUUAAGGAUUGCUGCAUUUAAUUAUGUUAGUUACUUAACUAUUUGGCGUAAAAAAUGAAUAAAACUAUAGUUUGAAAGACAUAUGAAUUGUUAGAUA